GGACUGGGGCUGCCGAUGCCAGCAGGCGGAGAGUGGGCAGCUAUAACGGGGUCCUGCCGUGCGCCUCUUCCCACCCCGCCCUGCAGCACGACGCUCCUUCCGUUAGAGGCGGUGAACAUGGGGACACCACAAAAGGAUGUUAUAAUCAAACCUGAUGCCCCAAGCACGUUACUGUCAGAGAAACAUGCGGACUACAUAGCUUCGUAUGGAACAAAGAAGGAUGAUUAUGAAUACUGCAUGUCGGAGUAUCUGCGGAUGAGCGGAAUUUACUGGGGGCUGACAGCGAUGGAUCUCAUGGGGCAGCUGCACCGGAUGAACAAAGAAGAAAUUCUGGAAUUCAUCAAAUCUUGUCAACAUGAAUGUGGUGGAAUAAGUCCCAGCAUAGGUCAUGAUCCCCAUCUUCUGUACACCCUCAGCGCUGUCCAGAUCCUUAUCUUAUAUGAUAGUCUUCAUAUUGUUGAUGUAAAUAAAAUUGUUGAAUAUAUACAGAACUUGCAAAAAGAAGAUGGAUCAUUUGCUGGAGAUGAAUGGGGAGAAAUAGAUACAAGGUUCUCCUUCUGUGCUGCUGCAACGCUUGCACUUUUGGGAAGGCUGGAUGCUGUUGAUGUGGAGAAAGCGGUAGAAUUCGUGUUGUCCUGUAUGAACCUGGAUGGAGGGUUUGGUUGCAGACCAGGUUCCGAAUCACAUGCAGGACAGAUCUAUUGUUGCACAGGAUUUCUGGCUAUAACAGACCAGUUGCAUCAAAUAAAUGUUGACUUGCUGGGUUGGUGGCUUUGUGAACGUCAGUUACCUUCUGGAGGUCUCAACGGGCGACCAGAGAAGUUACCUGAUGUGUGUUACUCAUGGUGGGUGCUAGCAUCUUUGAAGAUGAUCGGUAGAUUACACUGGAUUGACAGAGAGAAACUGCGCUGCUUUAUUUUGGCUUGCCAGGAUGAGGAGACUGGAGGAUUUGCAGACAGACCAGGAGAUAUGGUGGAUCCAUUUCACACAUUAUUUGGAAUUGCUGGACUGUCUUUAUUAGGAGAAGAACAAAUUAAAGCCGUCAAUCCUGUCUUUUGUAUGCCAGAAGAUGUCCUUCAAAGAAUAAAUGUACAGCCUGAGCUUGUGAGCUGAACCUCGUAGAGGCAAAAGGUUGAUAUGCCCGGUUGCUUUGGUUUUACUGAUUUAAGUCAUCUCAUCUCUGAAACUGUUAGCAUAUUCUUGGUUGAGGUGUGUUUACAUUAUGAUAGUAAAGCAAUAGCUUUACUGUGGGCCUUGUCACUUUGUAAACUGUACCAGAACCAGCUGGUUCUAAUAAUCUGAGUGUAACAUGUUCUUUGAUUGUAUAUGAGAGAUAUAGAAACAUUUCUAACCUGUAUCUAAAUAUAUGGGCCUUUGCGGUUUUUUUUUAAACAUUCAAGUCAAAGUAAUAGUGUGCAUGCUUAUUUUUUGUAUUCCUGUGCUAUCAACCCUGCUAGCCUGUCUUUACACAAGCAUGUUUUGAUGGUGGAUCAUUCAAAGCACUUUAAAAGAAUAUGAAGAAAAAACCCCAAACAAAAUGCUACUUAAGUCACGCACUUAAUGCCACACACUUGUGUAUUUAAUUCUUCCUGUUCACAUUUGCCAUCGCUUUUAUAUACCAAGAAACAAGCUUUUUCUUCUCAUAGUAAUUGAUACCAGUGAAAACAAAAAUUAUGGUUCCAUUAAAUAUAUAAAUGUCUUCAUUUAUUUAUGAGUCCCUUAGGCUUUAUAGGACAGUGACUUGUAACUGAAUAUAGAGAUGAUCCUCAAGUUUUUGCUAGGUUGAAAUCCUGCUUUCAUAGAUUUUAAGACAAUAAUUGCCAACACUUGAUUAUGGUGUAAUUGAGAAUAAAGGUAGCUCUGGAAAAUGUUUGUUCUCUGAAGGAUGAAGUCCUCUUUGUAUUCACAGGAGCCCUAAAAUUGCCUCUUAAUUUUCAUUCCACAUACCCUGGCUGAGACCGAAUGUUAUUCCAGUUGGACUGUAAUAUACAGUAAAAGGUACUCGUGAGGGGAGGAAGCCUGUGAUAAUCUCUGUACUUAAGCUUAAGGAUGGUCUAAAGUUGUUUCAAACCCAGUUUUAAAAGCCAGCUGGUCAGUUUCAUCCAACCUGCUCAUGUCAGUAGAGCCUAAGUGAUCUGUAAAGAUCUUCUAAGGUUGUAGGUUAAAAAAGAGGUAAGUGCACAAACUAAAAACUACCUAAGAGUAUUCUUCCAUUCUUUACAUUUUUUUUAAAUAAUACUGUAUUUGUAGAAAGAGAGUCAUCACAAUUCUUUUUUUACACAAAAUCACAUUUUCUGUUAAGUGUACUGUGAAAAAAAUAGUUGCCUGGUGUGUCUUUGUUAAAACCUGUGUUAUUGUUACCAACUACCUCUAUUUUAUUAAAAGUACUGAUGAUAUUUUUUUCUGAGCUUAUAUAGUUAGAAAUUUUGCAGUAAUUAAUGUACUGUUCUCAGUCUUCAGUUACAGGUCCUUUAUUAAAGUCUUUAAGAAA